AUGGCUAAACUAGGCUCCCUCACUGCUGCCUUUCUCUGCGUCCUCGCUUCCUUAGGCAACGUCGCCGCACUUCCGACCGCAGAUAAUGCUGUCGAAGUUAUCCCAGGUCCUGGACUACCCAGUUUGGUCUCACUUGGCCUCACGUCCGCCGACCUUUUCAAAAAGGUUCCCGAGAUAAAUUCCACAGUUGCGCCGCAGCUCUCCAAGCGCUUCGACGAUUUCUGUCAAAAUACAAACCUCGUCAAUCGGGACAACGCCAUAGCGUGCUACAACUAUCUCAACGCCCUUGGAACCACGGCUUGCGGUGUUGAUACUAACAUUGACUUCUGUGUCGCUGGAGAUGCACACAUCGGAGGAUCUAACAUAGCUGGCGGACACGCGUCCUCGUAUUGCCGUGACGUAGCGACUGGCGCGUUGUGGAUAAUUAACAAUUGUAACAUCAACAACAGGGUUGAGGGAGCGGCAGCUGCAUACGGCAACGGAAACCUGAUUGUCUCGAUUGAGCCAUGGUCUGCCUAG